AUGGAGAGAGGCUCAGCUCCGAAGCGGAAUGCGACCGCUUGCGAGCACUGUCGCACGGCAAAGGCAAAGUGCCAGCCCAGCGAGCAGCCUGGAGUGUGUGGGAACACCGCAGAAACGGGCCAGUCACCAGCUGGUCAACCUAGUACCUUUAGCAUUGACUAUCUAGUUCCCAUCAGGUCGCACGUCGAAGAUGAUUUUGAGACUUUACGGGAGUUGCACAAUUCUGCUCUUGAUACUGUCCUAGAUACAGAUGAUCCCAUCGACUUGGUUCCAACACCGAGUCAAUCUGCCAGUCAGUCAAGCUCGUCGGCCCAGUCUCGCUCCGUUUUCGAGAGCUGGCGGAAACCCCAGUUCAACAUGGCUUCAGCCGAGAGCCUAUUGCACAAUUUCAGCUCCAUGCUCGAGUACAUUCCUUUCAUAGUGUUGCCUGCUGAUUCAACCGUAACCCAAGUGGCUGCCGCGAAGCCCUUCAUUCUCCUGGCCAUUUUGACCGUGUCUUCAAGGUCGAGGCCAGUUCAGAAGCACUCGCUGUAUGACGAGGAAUUUCUAAGGGUUUUGGGGCUCAAGUAUGUAUCUGGAGGAGAGAGAAGUCUUCAGCUGCUACAAGGCCUCCUGAUAUACUGUUCAUGGUAUCCUUUCCACCUAAAACCCAAAAGCUCACGGUUGGUUCAAUGCAUGCGAAUGGCUGCGGACAUAGUCCACGACCUAUCCUUGGAUGAAGAUUUCCUCUCAUCUGACCCAUGGGGACGGGGGGUGACGAGCGAAGAGCUGGAUAUGAUCCGGGCAUACCUCGCUUACGUGUAUCUCGUCUCGACAUACGUCACCAUGUGGAAGGGAGACAAGUGUGUACAUACCCGCCUCCCGCCUUGGGCAGGGACAGCCAUCGACAUUUUGGAGCAGAAUGCUCAGGUUGAAAGCGACCGCACACUCGCGGCUCUGGGAGAGUCGGACUGUGCGAAACAGCCAGCUGACCCUGUUGGGGCUCGAGCAACAGUAUCAGCAAAUAAGAAACAACAUAUCAGCUACAUCCCCCAACCUCCUUGGUACGUCAAGCUCACUCAGAAUGAAGACGUGAUGGGUGCUUACCGUGAAGAAGGGAAAGAACCUGUUCGGUUAUUAAUGAUGUUUCUCGACAUAUACCUCGACACGGGGAGCUUGCUCGCCCUCCCCGUUUCCAAAACCUCGUUAUCUGCCAAACUCACACGCUUCCCACCACCAAUAUCCAAAAUCUACAGCGGCACAAGGAAGAUACGGGCCUGUUUGGACUACGUAGGCGGGCUAAGCGACAAGGCGAUACUAUCAUUUACUGUCAACGACUGGACGCGGCUCAUCACAAUCUUUACGCUGGCAUUUCGGCUGUCGUUUCCUCUCUCGCAAUGCCCCGACUUUGACUGGGAGUGGGCCAAUUCAGAAAUCCAGCUGGACCAAUUCUUGUCCAAGAUUGCACGUGAAGGAGAUGCCGCGGUUGCUUCAAACGGCGUCCUCUCAGCCAAUCGUUCUGUGCUCGGUGUACUAAAGGCAAAGUACAAUCGUCGGCUAAGCUCGCUCAGCGAACAGCCAGGACGUGAAGUAAGCAAGACAUUCGGAUGUCCAAUGAUGAGCGGUGGCACAUUGAUAGCCGAGGCGCAAUGGAACUCGGGCCUUACCCGGGCGUCAGCACAGUCGACCAUCGUCGAUAUGCCGGAGGUGCUUCCAGGACUUCACGAUGACUGGGCAACGUUGGCCGCGGAAUGGCACAAUAUCGAAGAGAUGACUUGGGAAUCGUUCGACGACCAAUUUACCAAUAGCAUGGGUACUGAUAGCAGCUGGUCAUUGUAA